AUGGAGAGCCAAUGCUCUUCCUGCGUCUGGGUUUUUUACCUGGUGAGUGGAUGGUUUGGGAUUGGGCCAAUCUUUCUCACACACUCUUUCCCAUUGACUACGAUCCAUCCAGAGGCUUCGGUGGGCGUGCCAGAGGACAGGAAGAAGCUCACCUGGGCGGACGGCGAGACGGUGAUCCUCCUGGAGCUCUGGGGAGACGACACUGUGCAGCAGAACCUGAAGCGCUGCCCGCACAACAGUCACAUAUACUCAGAGAUUUCGGGAAUGCUCAACUUCCGUGGUUAUUACAGAACUGCAGAUCAGUGCCACACCAGGAUAAAGUGUUUGAAAGUCAGCUAUCGGCAGUGCCAGGAAACCAUCAGUUCAUCUGGAUCUGAGCAGGUUGAUUUGAAGUUCUAUGAUAUUUUGAAGCUAAUACUUGAGAGGCAGCCUCCCUCCACCAGCACAGUGGUGAAAGACUUGACCAAUGACAUAUCAGAGGAAUCAGACAGUGACUCACUUCAAGAAUCCAGAGGGCAGAACACUUUGACUCAGACUCCUAAUGUGAAAGCUGUUCUCCCAGGACAGAUGAUCUCUCUGGGUUGUAAAGCUAGCACUGAUCCAGUUGGGAAUUGUGGUGGUUCAGGUAAACUGUGUCUAGCUUGGUACCAACAGAAACCUGGAGGAGCUUCUAAACUCCUCAUUUACUAUAUAAGCCCAAUUCAGUCUGGAACUCCGUCUAGAUUCCGUGGCAGCGGAUCUGGGAGUGACUUCACUCUGACCACCAGUGCAGUCCGGGCUGAAGAUGCAGGAGAUUACUGCUGUCAGAGUUUAAACUGCAGUCCAUGUGUGUUCACACAGUGAUACAGAGCCGUACAAAAACCUCCCUCAGUCAGACUGCACAGUGACUGUACUGAUACAGCUGGGACCUACUGCAGGUGCUGAGGAGGAAGAGACAGAGACAUGGAACACUGACUGAACUAAAAUACACUGAGCUAAAUAUAUCAGUGAUGCUGACAAUAUGUCAACUCUUUCACCCUCAUGCUAAAGCAUUCCUGAACUGAUAACACUCACAGGCCUAGACUACAUAAAUAUUACUUCCCUGUUGCUAUGGCCAACAAACGUUUUCAUAACAUGUCACACAAUAAGUUGAAUGGACUCCAUCUAUAUGCAAUAGUAAUGUCUCACAUCAUUUCAGUAUAAAUAACCCAGCCUCUGUAGGGUAUGUCAGUCAGUUAGUGAAUUUCAAGCUAAGAUUCAACCAUAUUUAUUGAGAUAAACAUGAUUAUAACUCCCGAAAAUGUCCUGUGGUUCCAUCAAGUUAAAAUGUCUCUCCUGCCAACCCUUCAGCACCUUCCCAGCAUUUCAUUGAGCCCAGAUGAGGCUUGUUAACCAAUGAAGACCAUGACCAUGAUGAACCUCAACCUUAAUUAAUUGCUUCUAAUCACACAGAUCUCUUCAACUACAGUUUCCCUGGGGGAUCAGGACAGUCUGUUUGCAUAGACAGGACAUGCUUAAUGACCUUAAUUAUUCACUAUUAUACUAUAACAUUCAACUCUAAAACAUUGUUUCCAGAACUAGCACCAUGUGGGGACUCUCUUGCCCCCUACAAUUGCCUCUCCAGUCUCCAGACACUACAAUGACUUCUCCGGAAGGGAGCCGAAUAACUGGUGUCGUCAUGGUCGACCCUGCAGGUGUACAUCUCUCCCUCUUCCCAGCGUGCCUUGCUCAGGGUCAGGGUGUUGCUACGGCUGUAGCGACCACCCUUCUCUUCUUCUGUGGUGGUCAGGACCCCCUCCUUCACCUCCGCCCUGUCCACCUCCCAGCUCACCCCCAGCUCACCAUCGCCUCCUGGGGGAAGUAGCCACUCAGCAGGCAGUCCAGUGUGGCCGAGGCCCAAGAGAGCUGCUCAGAGGACGGGGGAACAGAGACACUGGACCUACCAGAGGGACCAGCUGGAGAAGAGGAGAGAUGAGAGAGGAGGGUCCUAGUACUACUACUGUAUAAUGGAUUGUAUUUGGAGAGGAGUUGAGAGGAGAGAGUCAGCUACUACUACUACUAUAUAACAUUAGGAGAAGAGAGGGGGGGAGGCAAUACACACAUGAUAAACAACAAGCUAAAGUACUAAGAACAACUGACAACAACAAAACACUUCAUCUAUGAAGAUAUAGGCUAAAAGAAACUCUGAAAAUAUUUUGUUGACAAACAAAUCCAUCAUCCAUCAAACAAAUGUAUGUAACAUUCAUGCUCUACAGUUUAGCAUACCAAGAGCAACAAAACACUAAAAGUAGGUUUACCAGACACAGAUGAAGCCUUGUCCGAGACUAAAAAUCUGUUUCAAUGGAGAUUAUACAUUGAGGUUGCUUUUUAGUCCAGGACGAGGCUUAAUGUGUCGGGGAAAUCCCUGAAUCUACAAAGACAUGUAGUAAACAGAUAUCAAAUGAAAUCAAAUUUAUUUAUAUAGCCCUUCGUACAUCAGCUGAUAUCUCAAAGUGCUGUACAGAAACCCAGCCUAAAACCCCAAACAGCAAGCAAUGCAGGUGUAGAAGCA